UCCGUGGGAUUCAGAUUCAGUUCGUAUCUGACUUUCGGCGUGAGUGCAACGUUUGUUUUAACGGCCAGUGAAAGCCAGCAACAACAACAACAACUACUACACAGAAAGAACAAGCAAAAGCAACAACAAGUGACGUGCAACAACAACAAGCAGCAUGUGUUGCAUGCAGUGAACAAAAAAGAUAAAACAGAAGAGAAACAUAAACACAAGUAUUCUAUUAAUAUUUAAAGCAAGAAAAAGGCAAAACUAAAAGUGAAUAAAAUAACAACAGCAACAACAAACAAAAACCAGACCAAAGUCGCUUUUCACUGCUCCCAGGAAAAGUUCUCGUAACGCCCCCGAAAAUGUGUUAGAAACCCCGCAGAAAACCCGCACUGUAACAGACAAAAUCGGAAAAAACUCUCACAGCACCAUGGACAUGACCAAACAGAUUGUGGACUUCGAGUUGAAGUCGGAGUGCGAAGUGGAUCAGUACGAGCCGAGUGACUACACAAUGGCUCCCGCGGCCGAGGAGCCCAAGAUGAUGGUGGUGGAGCCUCAGUUGGAGGAGCCAGAGGAGUCGGAGAGAAAGUACUCCCCCGAAAGGAUAGUGGAAGCCAGUUUGGAGGAACCAAAGGACAUUGUUGCCAAGGCAGACAAAGAUAUAGAGCAUAUCAAAUCGGCAGAUAAUGAUUUAGAAACAGUGCUGGUUAAGCCAAAGGCAAAUCUAACGAACGAUCAGCCCUUGACCCCGCCACCACGACCCUUGACCUCCAGUGAGGUGGUGGGUCUGCGCGAUCCCGAUGAUCCCGAGUUGCGCCUGCGCCUGGAGGCCAAGAAAUCCCGCUCCCUGCCCGUUUCCCCUCAACCGCAGCCAAGUCUUAAGCUGGCCGGCUCGGCACUCUUCGAAUUUGGCCAAAGAUCACCGCCCGUGGAGGCCAAGAUCAAAACCAAUCCGGAGCUGAAGCCUCCGCGGCGGAAAAUGGCCCCGCCCAGUGGCGGUGGCGAUAACCAACAGUUCUGUCUGCGCUGGAACAACUACCAGUCGAACCUAACCAACGUCUUUGACGAGCUCCUGCAAAGCGAGUCCUUUGUGGACGUGACCCUGUCCUGCGAGGGUCACUCGAUCAAGGCCCACAAAAUGGUCCUCUCCGCCUGCUCACCCUACUUCCAGGCCCUUUUCUACGACAAUCCCUGCCAGCAUCCCAUCAUCAUAAUGCGCGACGUGAGCUGGUCCGAUCUGAAGGCCCUGGUGGAGUUCAUGUACAAGGGUGAGAUCAAUGUCUGCCAGGAUCAGAUAAAUCCGCUGCUCAAGGUGGCCGAAACCCUCAAGAUCAGGGGCCUGGCGGAGGUCAGUGCGGGCAGGGGCGAUGGUGGCGCCUCCGCCCAUCCCAUGUCAGUAUACGACGACGAGGAUGAGGAGGAGGAGAUGGCCUCGGCCACGGCCAUUCUAAGGCAGGAUGAUGAACACGAUGCCGAGGCGGAGAUGAAGGCCAAGAGACCCCGGCUUUUGCCCGACGGAGCCCUGGAUCUGAAUCAAAGACAGCGGAAGCGGUCCAGGGACGGCAGCUAUGCCACGCCCAGUCCCUCCUUGCAGGGCGCUGAAUCGGAGGUCUCCGAGAGGGGUUCUUCAGCCACGCCCGGACAAAACCAGAGCCAACCCCUGGCCAUGACCACUUCGACGAUAGUGCGCAAUCCCUUUGCCUCACCCAAUCCCCAAACUUUGGAGGGCAGGAAGGGAAACUGCCAGUCGCCACCACCCACUCAGGGUCAUAGCAAUGGCAGUGGCAGUGCCGCCAUGCACUCCCCACCCGGCGGAGUGGCCGCCCAGUCCGCUCUGCCGCCCCACAUGGCCGCCGCCGUGGCCGCUGCCGCUCAUCAUGCCACCGCCGUCCCACCGCCGCCACCUUCCGCCAUGCACCAUCCCCAGUUGGCCGCCCAGCAACUGGCCGCCCAGCAUCAGUUGGCCCACUCGCAUGCCAUGGCCAGCGCUUUGGCCGCCGCUGCUGCCGCCGGAGGAGCAGGGGGCGCAGGGGGAGCGGGAGGGGGCAGCGGAGCGGGAGCCAGUGCCCCCACUGGAGGAGCGGCGGGCAGUGCCUGCGCCUCGUCCGUGGGCUCCCAUCACGAUGACAUGGAAAUCAAGCCCGAAAUUGCAGAGAUGAUUCGCGAAGAAGAGAGGGCCAAGAUGAUCGAGAGUGGAGGCCAUGGUGGCUGGAUGGGUGCCGCGGCCGCAGCAACUGGGGCAGCUUCAGUGGCGGACAGCUACCAGUAUCAGCUGCAGUCCAUGUGGCAGAAGUGCUGGAACACCAAUCAGCAGAACCUGGUGCAGCAGCUGCGAUUCCGCGAGCGGGGACCCCUGAAGUCCUGGCGACCCGAGGCCAUGGCCGAGGCCAUUAGUGUCCUGAAGGAGGGUCUUUCCCUGUCCCAGGCAGCCCGUAAAUUCGACAUCCCCUAUCCCACCUUCGUGCUGUACGCCAAUCGGGUGCACAACAUGCUGGGACCCUCCCUCGACGGUGGCGCUGAUCCUCGACCGAAGGCCAGAGGUCGUCCGCAGAGGAUCCUGCUGGGCAUGUGGCCCGAGGAGCUCAUCCGCAGCGUCAUCAAGGCGGUGGUCUUCCGCGACUAUCGCGAAAUCAAGGAGGACAUGGGCGCCCACCAAUAUGCCAAUGGACAGGCCCAUGGCUCCUAUAUUGGAGGCGGUACCACAUCGAAUGGCUAUCACAGUGCUGCGGCGGCCAAGAUGGCUGCCCAGAAUGCUUCACUGGCUCCUCCGGAUGCCGGAAGUCCUUUGAGCUCCAUGACGGAGACCCUCCGCCGCCAGAUCCUUUCGCAGCAGCAGCAACAACAGCAGCAGCAGCACCACCACCAGCAGCAGUCGCACCACCAGCAGCAGCCCUCGCACCACCAACAGCAGUCGCCCCAUGGCCAGUCCAUGAACAUGUAUAAAUCGCCGGCAUAUUUGCAACGAUCCGAGAUCGAAGAUCAAGUAUCCGCAGCGGCGGCCGUGGCAGCAGCGGCGGCCAAGCAUCAGCAACAGGGUGAGCGAAGGGGUUCGGAAAAUCUACCCGAUUUGAGUGCCCUUGGUUUGAUGGGUCUUCCGGGUCUGAAUGUAAUGCCCUCGCGGGGAUCAGGCGGAGGAAGUGGUGGAGCGGCGCCCAACAGUGCCGCCUCCUAUGCUCGCGAGCUGUCACGCGAAAGGGAACGCGACCGGGAAAGGGAGCGGGAAAGGGAGCGGGAGUUGUCCCGCCAAUAUGGCAGCCAGUCGCGGGGCUCGAGUUCCGGUUCCGGCAGCGCCAAGUCCCUGACCGCCAGCCAAAGAACCGGCGCCGCCUCGCCCUAUUCCGCCGCCCACUAUGCCAAACACCAGGCGAGUGCCUACAACAAGCGCUUUCUGGAGAGCCUGCCCGCCGGCAUUGACUUCGAGGCCAUUGCGAACGGCCUGCUGCAGAAGUCGGUGACCAAGAGCCCGCGCUUUGAGGACUUCUUCCCGGGACCCGGCCAGGACAUGAGUGAGCUGUUCGCCAACCAGGAUGCAGCUGCAGCGGCUGCGGCGGCCGCCUAUGCCCCACCUGGUGGGGCAGGAGGUGGCUCCGGUGUCCGCGAAUCGCCACUCAUGAAGAUCAAGCUGGAGCAGCAACAUGCCACCGAGCUGCCGCACGAGGAUUGAAUCCUGCAAAGGGGCGCACAUUAGGGUGGGGCAAUUCUUAAGAUGCUAAGUGCAAGUAAAAUCAAAGGGGGUGAUAAGUAAUCGUUGGAUAACAGUAAGUAAAUAUGACUUUAGAAAUAAAAGCCAAGCAAUGUCUAAUAAAAAAAAAACAUUUAUAAGUUUAAAAAGAGAGGAAGCUACAUUUUAAUUACAAAACUACUUUAAAAAUAGUAAAAAUUAAAAGGAAAGCUAAUAAAGUGUGACUGAUAUUAUAAUAAAUAUCUUAACGCUUACACACAUUAAACAAAAUUAUCAAAAUAUAUAAUAGAGAAUGGAAUAUUAAAUGAAGUACCAAGUAUCCUUGUUGAAAAAGAAUUUUUAAUCAAAAUUAAGAUUUCAAACAAUUACGGUUUCGCGAACAACCAUUUAAGUUUCUUUUUUAACACUUACAAAUAAAAAAGUUUUUACCUAAUAAACAAAAUAAAUAAAAAAUAGCCCAUAAUAUCCAAAGAUUACUGGCCCCCGAAAAUCUAUUUGCCCGCAUAGGAAAACCACCCUAAACCCCUAAAAAAAACAGAGAAAAAACAAACACACUUAUUUGGACUGCUACUUGAACCCCAACGUUUUUAGUGUUUAGUGCUUAGUUGAAGUUGCUAACUGGUUUUUAUGCCUAGGCUAGUUUUAGAGCGUAACGUGGAAGGUAUAAAGUAUUAACCUAUUAUUAAAGCACAACCCAAAACCCCCACAAACACACAUAUACAUACUUCGGAACUUUCCUGUAAGGAUAGGAUCUCGUAAUUUGUCUUAUUUAUUUUCGAGAGAAUUCGUUGCGUUGAUUGCCUUUUUUGCCACGCGAAAAAUAAUAAUAAUAAAUAGGAGUAACGAUAAACGUAAACGUAAACGAUAAAAUUUACGAUUAGAGACUUGUGCAUUUCUUAAAUGUAGCUUAACCCUAGAAUAGUUCACAAAUACAAAACACACUGAAUGUUGUCAAAUCCGGUAAUUACAACUUUAUAUAUAUAUAUACGCAAAUACUUUAGAUACAUAAACCCACACAGAUAGAGGUGCAUACCCACGCACGUACAUAUAUGAUACUUAUAUUAAUGGUAUUUCCAAAUGUAACUGUAAAUAAUGUACAAAUUUCCAUAGCUUUAGGCUUCGACUUAAUCUUAGACUUACCCCAAAAAGCCCCUUCGCAGCACUUCUUCUAUGGUAAUCGUAUUGUAAAUGAACGAAUGAGCAAACAACGCAGGCAGCAUCGCAUUAAAUUUGUGCUAAUUUUAUGUAAACAAUCACCCGCAUACACACACACACACACACACACACCAAUACCAUUGCACACAAUACAAUACACACAAUACACUCGACUGUCAGAUAUGCAUAUGUAUUGUCCGUACUCUGUGAGUGAACUAUUAUUAUUAUACCUAUUAUUACGAUUAUUAUUAUCUAUCCCUAAAGAUGCGCGAGGCAUUCUUGAGUUUAGUUAAACAGUAAAUUAUACAACAAUAAAGAGAAAAUAAAAACAAAUUGAAAAACUAAAA